UGGUGUACGGGAGUGGGUGCAGAGGUCUGCCAGGCUCUGCCCCUUAAAGCCGGGGCUGGCGGAGGCGGCACCCCAGCCGGGCAGAGCUGCUCCCUGUAGAGCGGCUGCGGGGUCGCGAGUGAAGACACGGGGAAAGUGGGGGCGGAGGAAGGGAGCAGGAUGGCCCGGCCGCCGCUGGCGCCGGCUGGGCUCGGACGCCUCCUCCUGCUUUGGCUGCUGCUGGCCCCGGGGCCCGUGCUCAGGGUCGGGACGAGGAGGGUCAGGCCCUGGCGGCCUCUCUGCCCCGCGGCCUGCGAGCCGACGCGCUGCCCGCCGCUGCCCACCUGCCCGGCGGGGGCGACGCCGGUGCCCGACCGCUGCAGCUGCUGCCGCGUGUGCGCCGCGGGCGAGGGCGAGGCGUGCGGCGGGGCGGCGGGGCGGCCCUGCGCCCCGGGGCUCCAGUGCCGCGCCCCCCCCGCUCCGCGGCGCUCCGGCGGCGCCGGGCUCGGCACGUGCGGCUGCCCCGAGGCGGGGCCGGCUGUGUGCGGCAGCGACGGGCGCACCUACCCCAGCCUGUGUGCGCUCCGCGCCGAGAACCUCGCCGCGCGGCUCCGGGGCGCGCUCCCGGCCGUGCCGGUGCAAAACGGGGGAUGUGCCGACCCAGGGACCAGCAGCGCAGGAUGGCUCAGGAGCAAGCACAACUUCAUCGCUGCGGUGGUGGAACAGGUAGCGCCAGCCGUGGUUCACUUGCAGCUCUUCCAAAGGUCACCUCUGAGCAGUGAGGCUAUUCCUGCAUCCAGUGGCUCUGGGUUCAUAGUGUCUGAGGAUGGGCUCAUUGUUACCAAUGCCCACGUUCUCACCAACUGGCAGCGGAUCCGAGUGGAGCUCCACAGUGGGGUCCAGUAUGAAGCCACUGUCAAGGACAUUGACCAUAAGUUGGAUCUUGCACUGAUUAAGAUUGAGCCAAAUACUGACCUUCCUGUGUUGCUGCUCGGAAGGUCGUCCGACCUGCGGGCUGGAGAGUUCGUGGUGGCCUUGGGCAGCCCAUUUUCUCUGCAGAACACAGUGACCGCGGGAAUUGUCAGCACUACACAGCGAGGGGGCAAAGAGCUGGGGCUGAUGGAUUCAGAUGUGGACUAUAUCCAGACUGAUGCCAUCAUCAAUCACGGGAAUUCUGGGGGGCCGCUGGUGAACUUGGAUGGGGAGGUGAUUGGCAUAAAUACACUGAAGGUGACGGCAGGAAUCUCCUUUGCAAUACCCUCAGAUCGAAUUAGAAAGUUCUUGGCAGAAUUCCACAAGCGCCAGUUGAAAGGAAAGGCUCUUUCACAGAAGAAGUAUCUGGGUUUGCGAAUGCUGCCCCUCACUAUGAACCUUCUUCAGGAGAUGAAAAGGCAGAAUCCAGAUUUCCCGGAUGUGAAUUCUGGGGUUUUUGUAUAUGAGGUGAUUAAAGGAACAGCGGCUGAAAGCUCUGGGCUGAGAGACCACGAUAUCAUUGUGAGCAUAAACGGGCAACCUGUCACUACGACCAGGGACGUUACUGAGGCCGUUAAGGACAGUGAUCUCCUUUCCAUCAUGGUUCGUCGGGCAAGCCAAACUUUGAUUCUGACGGUCACACCUGAAAUAAUCAAUUAAGUAUCUUGCUUUAAAAAGAAAUUAUCUAACAAAAACCAAAGCUGUAUUACCUGGUUUGUACUGAGGGUGUAUGUGCCAAAGAUGGCAAGGGAUUUUAGAAUCUCUUAUAAAGAAAAAUGAAUGGUUUAGGACACACACACAUAUUCAGGGGCCAUUACAUUGGGGGUGCUACACUACUGGCAAGAAGCCUUACUAAGGCACGUGG